GUGAUUGAGCUGUUCCAUCCUUAUUUGAUCUUCUGUUUCUCUGUGUCUAAUUCCUCCUCUGAUCAGGGAUGUCCUAGAUCAUGUGAUAGAAGUUGUCUACCCCACCUUCUCCAACAUGUUUCUACUUUCUUCUCUCCGAUCAACUUUGGCUUGGAAGUUCCUUAUUGGCUUUGCUUUGUUCGUAUCAUUGUAUUUCUUCAUUCCAGCAUCUAAGUUGUUCGAAGUGCCUAACAUGUCGAUAACCCAUAUUGUCCUCUUCCAAUUCAAAUCAGACGUCGCUGCAGAUAUCGUCUAUGGGGCCUGUCAGCGUAUGCUUGCCCUCAGAGACGAUUGUCUCCACCCGUCAUCACAGAAGCCUUAUAUAAAAGCGUCGUUGGGCGGGAAGGAUAACUCUCCCGAAGGGAUACAGAAUGGCAUAACACACGCCUUCGUUGUCGAGUUUGCAAAUGCCGCAGACCGCGACUACUAUGUCAAGCAUGAUCCUGUCCACCAAGAUUUCAUCAAAAGUCUUGACGGUGUCAUUGAGAAAGCGCAGGUUAUUGAUUUCACCGACGGAGCCUUUUGAGAAUGUCAGUCACUAUUAUGGGUGACGACAUGCCUCCCAGCUUGGUCUAAGGUAUCUACGCUGUGGCUGUUGAUGAUAUUGGCCAUGUAUCAGUACAUUCUAGCGCUAAUAGACCGUACACUAGCCGUG